AAAUCACUACGACGACGUUUUUGAAUCGCCAUUUUAGAAAAGAAGAAGAGCGGUUCGGAACAAAAGCAGUUAGCGACAUUCUUCAACGUUUCAUUACAUUUACUCGACGUUAUAUUACGUUUAUUUUUAUCCAGUGAUCCUACAACGCAGAAAUGUCUCGGGACAGAUUUAACAUUAACGUUAGAGGAAAUAACCGUGGAGCUGGAUUUCAACGCCGUGGAGCUGGGCCUGGUGGUCCGAUGCGAGGUGGAAUGGGUAACCUGAAUAAUUUCAGACAAAACCAACACCCCUUUCAAAGAGGGCCUCAUCCCGGUAACUUUGGAAAACCACCCAACCAGAUACGUCAGAUAACUCCUCAGAAGCCACUGCCACCUACUAUUUCCCAGCCAGGCGCUCAACCGAUUCGGCCACCACCUACACCUGGCCCUGCGCUAACCAUGAAGGGCCCGGUACAGCAGGCCGCGGCUCCGGCGCCCGCAGCAACACCUCCGGCGGCCGCAGCAGCACCUCCAGUGACCGCAGCAGCACCUCCAGUGACCGCAGCAGCACCUCCAGCGACCGCAGCAGCACCUCCAGCGGCGGCAGUUACUGCUCCGGCGGCUCAACCAAAAAUGCAGUCCCCACCUCCGAAGCCUGUUCCUCCGAAACCCGCACUCUCAUCUCCCCCACCAAACCAAAUGAAGAAACCAGCACUCUCAUCUCCCCCACCAAACCAAAUGAAUAGGAACCAGCAAAGACCAGGACCCGGCAACGCCAAUGGAAAUGGCCAUAAAUCUGCACCCGCUAACAAAAAACCUGAACCUCAAACUCAGAAUACUUCAAUGGAGGCGGAGGAAGCCCAGCACCCCAAGGAGUUGAGAGCGACAUUGUCAUCGCUGCGCAGACCUGGCGAGAAGACAUACACUCAACGAUGCCGCCUUUUCAUUGGAAACCUUCCAAAUGAUAUCUCAGAUGACACAUUCAAGAAGCUGUUUGCGAAGUAUGGCGAGCCCAGUGAGAUUUUCAUCAACAAAAACAAAGGCUUUGGCUUCAUACGCCUGGAAUCCCGUGCAUUGGCUGAGAUAGCUAAAGCUGAACUGGAUGAUGUGCCCAUGAAAGGCAGACCGCUUCGGGUGCGCUUCGCAACUCACUCUGCUGCACUGUCUGUGAAGAACUUGUCACCUUUUGUUUCCAAUGAGCUACUGGAGGAGGCCUUCUCCCAGUUUGGAGUGGUAGAAAGGGCUGUGGUAAUUGUAGAUGAUCGUGGGCGCUCCACUGGCAAGGGCAUUGUUGAAUUUGCCUCUAAGCCUGCUGCACGAAAGGCCCUGGAUCGUUGCAACGAUGGAGUCUUCUUGCUCACCACGUCACCUCGUCCAAUCGUCGUUGAGCCCCUUGAACAAUAUGAUGAUGAGGAUGGUCUACCAGAGAAACUGGCACAGAAGAACCACAACUAUCAUAAGGAGCGGGAGGAGCCACCCAGGUUUGCCCGUCCUGGCACGUUUGAGUUUGAAUACUCUAAGCGCUGGAAGUCCCUGGACGACAUGGAGAAGCAGCAGCGCCAGCAGGUGGAGAAGAACAUCCGCGAAGCCCGUGAGAAACUGGAGGGAGAGAUGGACGACGCGUUCCAUGUGCACCAGGCCAACAUGAUCCGCCAAGAUCUGCUGAGGCGGGAGGAGGAACUACGACGCAUGGAAGAGAUGCACAGUGCAGAGAUGCAGAAGAGGAAAGAGAUGCAGCUCAGGCAGGAGGAGGAGCGUCGCAUACGCGAGGAGGAGAUGCUCCGCCAGAGGGAGAUUGAGGAGCAAAUGCGCCGCAAGCGUGAGGAGGCCUACAGAAGUGGCAACUUCAUGGACAAUAGGGAUAUGAGAAUGACUCAGGGUGGCGCCAUGGGCAUGGCUGACAAUCAAUUUGGCUCACCCAACCAGAAGUUCCCCAUGGGACACCAAGGCAUGGGGGGACCCAACGCUGGGGGAGCCAUGAUGCCCAACGAAAUGCGAAAUGAGCGAAACUUCCCUCAGGGAGGCCGGGGGGGAAUGGGUCCCAACAACCCAGGGUUUGGCAGGGUCCGUGAGGAGUUUGAUGGGCCUGCCAAGAAGCCCCGCUUUUAAAUCUGUUCAGUGUCAUUCAUAGCAGCGUUUUUUGUGUAGAUUCUCUGAACAUCUUCACAUUAUUGAGUCAAUUGUUGUAUUUAAGUUGAAAGUGUUCUUGCAUUUUAGCCUGAAGACUCAUUCAUUUUUAUGGCAAGUUAGGUUUUUUCUUUUUUUGAUUUUGUAUUUGGAGUAGUGUGAAAUUUAAUAAAUUGGUCACCCUCAGUGAUCACAUAGUGCUAUCCCACCUAUGUAUAACUUUCUUUCCAGUUGUAUCAUGCUCUGUGACUCGUGUCGUAAAUGGUGAUAAAUGUCAAAUUUUCUCACCUUUCAAUGGCUGUGUUUUUUGCCAUUUAAGAUUUGAAGUAAAAACAUGUAACUUUACAAUAAAGACUUCAAUUGGUUCUCUCCAAA